GCGUCGUACCUUAGUUUCGCGGUGGGGGACGGCGGGGAUGGCUCACGACAAAAUUAUUUGCGAUGGCUGCACGUCAAUGUGCUCCAUCCAAUCCAGCUCCAGUGAUUUGGAACGCCAACCAACGCCCCCAGGCAUGCCAGCAGCAUUGUCGCAAACAUGCCGUCUGUUGUGGACGAUGGCUUUGAAGCCCUGCUGGAGCCUUUUUACAAUGGGAAGAAGCUGACAGAUCCUAUUUCCACGGCCCAAGACAAGUGGCAGCUCUUGCCUGCUUUCCUCAAAGUUAAAGGACUUGUCAAACAACAUAUUGACUCAUUCAACUUCUUCAUCAACACCGAGAUCAAGGAGAUUGUCAAGGCAAAUCGCAUAGUACGCAGCGAUGUCGAAAGUGGUUUCUUUCUCGAGUUUACCGACAUCCGCGUCGGGAAACCCAACCGUGCCGAGUACAGUGAUAUCAAGGCUCAGAAUGAGGUCUCGCCCAUGGAAUGUCGCCUGCGCGACAUGACCUACGCCGCCCCCAUCAAGGUCGAUAUUGCCUACUUUCGAGACAAGAAGAAGGUCCUCCGCAAGAAUGUCACCCUCGGCCGUAUGCCAAUCAUGCUCAAGAGCUCCAACUGCUGGUUGAGUGGUGCCAACAACGCCGAGAUGGAGGAUAUGAACGAGUGCCCCUUGGACCCCGGUGGCUACUUCAUUAUCAACGGUACCGAAAAGGUCAUUUUAAUUCAGGAGCAGCUGAGCAAGAACCGAGUCAUCGUUGAGGCCGACGAGAAGAACAACGUUAUAUCUGCCUCGGUGACAUCUUCGACUCACGAGAGAAAGUCCAAGACCUAUGUUACGCUCAAGAAGGAGCGCAUCACGCUCGCACACAAUACCUUGGUUGAGCCGAUUCCGAUUGCUAUCAUUCUUAAGGCCUUGGGAGGCUUACCAGACCAUGAGAUUAUACAGCUUGUGGCCGGCGAGGAUGCUCGAUACCAGGAUGACUUUGCAGUUAAUUUCGACGAUGCCGCUCGAGCCGGUGUCUUCACUCAGCAGCAGUCACUCGAAUACAUUGGCUCACGCGUCAAAAUGGGUAGUAAUAGAUUCAAGACCCCCGGAGGUCAAGCGCCCAGGAGGAAUAAUGCCGAAGAGGGAUUGGAGGCCCUGGCAAACAUGAUCAUUGGCCAUGUACCCAUCUUGGACCUUGACUUCUAUCCCAAAGCCUGCUACGUAGCCAUGAUGGUUCGUCGUGUUCUCAUGGCUGCGCAUGACCACAAGCUGGUCGAUGAUCGUGAUUUCGUUGGAAACAAGAGGCUGGAGCUGGCUGGACAAAUGCUGUCACUACUCUUCGAGGAUCUGUUCAAGAAGUUUCUUGUUGAUUUGCGGUUCAACAUCGACAAAGUACUACGAAAAUCAAACAGAGGUGUGGCAUUUGAUCCGUUGAACUCUAUUACAGCCACGUCUGGCCACAUCACAGCUGGUAUGAACAGAGCGAUUUCAUCAGGAAAUUGGACGGUGAAGCGUUUCAACAUGAACAGAGCCGGUGUCACACAUGUCCUCAGUCGACUUAGUUACAUCAGUGCUCUAGGCAUGAUGACACGUAUCAGCAGUCAGUUCGAGAAGACGCGGAAGGUCAGUGGACCUAGAGCGCUGCAGCCGUCACAAUGGGGCAUGCUCUGUACCUCUGAUACCCCUGAAGGAGAAGCAUGUGGUCUGGUAAAGAACUUGGCGCUCAUGACACAUAUCACGACGCAUUUCGAAGAGGACCCUGUGAAGGAGUGGAUUCUGGCCAUGGACUCUGGUGCCGAGGCUUUGAGCAACUUUAGUGGGUCAGAGAUGCACACUCCGGGCACCUUUGUCAUUACGGUGAACGGUACGCCGUUUGCAUUGACCUGGAACCCCGAGGAGUUCUGCAAGAAGUUCAGGGAUACAAGACGAAAAGGAGAGCUGUCUGCUUUCGUCAGUAUCAGUAUAAACUAUCACUUUGCAACCGUCAACAUUGCCACGGAUGAAGGGCGAAUCUGUCGUCCGUAUAUUAUCAUUGAGAACGGCGUGCAGAGAAUCAAAGAGGAGCAUCUAGAGUCGCUGCGUCAGGGCGACAAAGAUUUUGACUAUUUCCUCAACAACGGCAUAGUCGAGUACCUAGAUGUCAACGAGGAGCAAGACACUCUCGUGGCUCUGUACGAAAAGGAUGUGACCCCUGCGCACACCCACUUGGAGAUCGAGCCCUUCACUAUACUGGGCGCCGUCGCCGGACUUAUUCCAUUCCCCCACCACAACCAGUCGCCCAGAAACACAUACCAGUGUGCUAUGGGUAAACAAGCUAUAGGUGCAAUAGCAUACAAUCAGUUCAACCGUAUUGACACACUGCUCUACACUCUUGUCUAUCCACAAAGACCAAUGGUCAUCACCAAGACGAUAGAGCUGAUUCACUACGACAAACUUCCAGCCGGUCAGAACGCCACUGUCGUGGUCAUGUCCUAUUCGGGAUACGAUAUUGAGGAUGCCCUCGUGUUGAACAAGGCUUCCUGCGACAGAGGGUUCGGACGUUGCCAAGUGUUUCGCAAACACACGGCUGAGCUGCAAACGUAUGCAAACAACAAAAGUGAAAAGAUCAGCGGCCCUGAGAUUGACGAGAGGACCGGGAAGCCCGCGGAAAAGUACGCCGCCAUCGACAGCGACGGCCUUGCCAGGGUCGGAUAUAGGAUACACUCAGGCGAGGUCAUGCUACGAAAGCUUACGCCGAUUGAUCAGGGGUCGACGGGCAUUGGGAACGAUGUAGGAAGUAACGAUUACCGAGAGACGUCCCUUUCUUACCGAGUUUCGAACCCUAGCUACAUCGACAAGGUCAUGGUCUCGCAGACGGAAAAGGAACACAUUCUCGCCAAAGUUCAGACACGGCAGACACGCCGACCGGAGCUGGGUGACAAGUUCUCUUCUCGUCACGGACAGAAGGGUGUCGUCGGCAUCAUUGUCGAACAGGAGGACAUGCCAUUUGCCGACUCGGGUUUGGUGCCCGACAUUAUCAUGAACCCUCACGGUUUCCCGUCUCGAAUGACGGUAGGCAAGCUGUUUGAGUGUUUGACGGGCAAAGCGUCUAUUGUCGAGGGCAACAGGCGCUACGGCUACGGUGAUGCUUUCCGGUCGCACCCCGUCGAGGAGAUGGGCAAGGCUCUGAUCGAGCGCGGGUUCAGCUGGGAAGGCAAGGACUACUUCACUUCGGGCAUCACGGGCGAGCCUCUCGAGGCAUACCUGUUCAACGGGCCCAUCUACUAUCAAAGGCUGAAGCACAUGGUGCAGGACAAGAUGCACUCGCGAGCGAAAGGCCCCCGUGCCAUCCUGACCAGACAGCCCACCGAGGGUCGGUCGCGCGACGGAGGUCUGCGUCUAGGAGAAAUGGAGCGUGAUUGUCUGAUUGCGUACGGUGCCUCGCAGCUGCUGCUGGAGAGGCUGAUGUUGUCGUCGGACGCGACCAAGAUUGACAUCUGCCAACGCUGUGGGCUGUUUGGUUACAAGGGUUACUGCCAGACGUGCAAGAGCACCAAGGAGGUCACCGAGAUGACGAUGCCGUAUGCGGCCAAGCUGCUCGUCCAGGAGUUGAUCAGCAUGAACGUCGGAGUGAGGCUGGUGCUCGAGGAUGAGUUCCCUCACCCUGACUGAGGUUUGAUGUAGUUGAUGACGAGGGGAAAAAAAGGGAGCGUGGGGCGCUCGGUGAAAUAGCAUUAGGGGGCGUUUCUCUUCUUUUGCGCUGACUGGUUUUUUUUUCUUUAUACUUUUUUUGGUAUUCUUUUUUGCCAUCUUCUAUCGCGUUCAUCGCAAGGUGCAGGAUCUGGGUCUUGAAUUUCUCAUAUCGGUAUAUAGAAGGCAGAAAAAGCGCAUCUUUGGCAGAUAAAAAAAACAAAUAUGUACAUUGUUGUUCACUUUUGGGAAUCUAUAACCGAGCCUUUGUUUUCAUCGUG